GCGGCGGGAGGGGCCGGAACUGCCUCCGCUCCGGGAGGAGAAGGAGCGCGGAGGCUACCGGCGGCGGCUUGCCCGGGUCUCUCUCUCUCCCCUCCUCAUCCCGGGCCCGCCAUGGCGGUGGACGUGAAGCGGCUGGAGGGCCUGAGCCUGCAACAGCUGAACGAGCUGCUGGACGACGAGGAGCAACUCCAGAGCAUGGCCCGGGAGAUGGAGGAGGCCCAAAACGUCCAGCUUAGCAAGGACAUGACCCUCGCCAGCAAUCGUAGCCUUGCCGAGGGCAACCUCCUGUACCAGCCAAAGUUGGAUUCUUUGAAAGCUGCGUUGACACAAAAGUACCAGGAGCUGCACGUUCUUUUUGAGGCUUAUCAGAUUAAGAAAACCAAGCUAGACAGACAAUCUAGUAACGCUUCCCUGGAAACCCUGCUGGCGCUUCUUCAGACAGAAGGGGCAAAGAUCGAAGAAGACACGGAGAACAUGGCCGAGAAGUUUCUGGAUGGCGAAGUGCCGCUGGACGCCUUCAUCGACGAAUACCAGAGCCAAAGGAAACUGGCCCACCUGCGGCGUGUAAAAAUCGAAAAACUCCAGGAGAUGGUGCUGAAGGGGCCGAGACUCCCCCUGGCGGCACCGCCUCAGCCGAGAGCCACCGAAACCCCACCGGCGCUUCAGACUCUGGAGGCGAAUACCCCUCCGUCCGUUAUGCCUCGUCGCAAUCCACCGCCGCCACCUCCGGCGUCGGCGGUCCCAGCCGGACGCUUUCCGACCCCAUUCACAGCAGCGAUGAAUGCUGGACCGGCUGCCCCCUAUCAGAGCAGUCCGUACCCUCUGCUUCCCCCACGAACGGGAGUCCCUCCUAUGAUGCCGCCACCGGGAUAUCCGACUCCGUUUGCGUCACAGUUCCCUCCAGCGCUGCCCCAAAGACCGCCGCCUCGCCUCCCACCCAACCCGGGCUUUAUCUUGCAGUGAAUAUGCCAUCGGGGCCGGACUCACGGAUUGGUGCUUUCCUCCUUAUUCCUUAGCUCCGUGACUCGCCUGAGGAAGCGGCGCUAACCCUCCCCUUCUUUGCACAGGAUUUCAGAAGGCGUUUGGGGUGACAGCCAGUGACGCAUCAGCGUGUUUGACCCUGCUUGUCUUCUUCUCGUACAGAAUGGGCAUCCGUACCAGUC